AUGGCGCAUCGAAAUCUAGGCGAAGAGCACACGCAGUUCAUGCAAUGGGCCAAGUCCCACGGAGUCAAGAUCAACGGUAUCACUCCCGCGCACAUACCAGGUCGCGGUGCGGGAAUGAUCGCAACCAGGUGUAUACAGGAGGGAGAAGUCAUGAUCUCGGUCCCUCUGAAUAUUAUGAUCACGAUUGACUCGAUUCCCGCAUCUUUCAUCAAGCGGUUUCCUAGCGGAACAUCCAUUCAUGGGAUCCUCGCUGCGUUCCUCACAGUUGGGGAUCAAAAGUUUCUCAAGAAAUGGGACUCAUGGCGCAAGGUCUGGCCAUCAAGAAAAGACUUUGAAGAAAGCAUGCCCAUCCUUUGGCCGGGACAUUUACGGAGGUCGAAUUCGCGCUUUCAGGCGCAGCCCCUGGAGAGACCGUAUCUGCUCCCUCAACCGGCUUCUGGCAUAUGGAAUACGUUCGAUAACAUUCAAAGGGAUAGUACAUCCGUACCAAAGUGCCAGAGCUUACUAUCGCAACAGGAGACCAGACUUCAAGGCGCGUGGCGGAACGUCCUGGCUGUUUUCCCUAACAUGGACUGGGACGCGUUUUCCUUUCACUGGUUGAUUCUGAACAGCAGAAGCUUCUAUUAUGUGAAGCCGGGGCGCCAACCUCCAGAUGAGUGGAACGAUGCGAUCGGUCUCGUUCCAUUUGCUGACUACUUCAAUCAUGCAGAUGAUGCGGAUACUGAAGUAGUCUUUGAUGGGAGAAAAUAUACAUUUACAGCUACUCGGCAGUUUGAAAAGGGCGAAGAGAUCUUCAUGAGCUACGGGGCUCAUUCGAAUGAUUUCCUAUUCGUAGAAUAUGGAUUCUUCCUCGACCAUAACGAAUCCGACGUGAUUUUCCUGGAUGAUAUCAUUUCCAAGGAACUCUCAGAGGAUGAAAGAAAAGAGCUGGAGUCCCAACAAGGGUUGGAGGACUACCAAGUCACAAUGGCCGGCAUCUGCCCUCGCACUUUAACCGCAGCAUGCCUCAAGUACAUGUCUACAGAGGAUUUUCGAGAGUAUGCUCACGGUCACUCAACGAAGGCAUUCGAUUCCAAGAAAACAUGGAAAAUAAUUCACGAGUGGGUUGAGCUAUAUCAACAAGAGUGUCAGGCCACACUUGAUUCUCUCGAAGGAAUUCUGAAGAAACGAUCAGACGAAUCUCGAGGGAAGGUCACAAUGCUCCUGCGGCGAUGGCAACAGAUCAAGCUGCUUUGUGAACAUGCUUUAGAGAAGAUAGAUGCGGCUGCGGUAGAGGUUUGA